GAUUAAUUAUAAGAAUUUUGUUGAACAAAAAUCGACCGAAUCAAAAUGGCUGCUUCCUCCUCUUCGCAGGAGAAAAUUUGGUAUUUUGAAGUUAAUGACCCAACUAAUCAUCCAAAAGGCUUCACAAUUUACAAAAUCACAGCUAAGGUAUUCCCAGUACAUGCACCAGAAAGUCUUACUGAGAUUAUUGUGUGGAAAAGAUACAAUGACUUUAAACAUCUUUAUAAAGCAAUGAACAAUCUUCACAAAUCACUACACAGAAGAGAGGAGUUUCCAACAUUUGCCAAGCCUAAACUUUUUGGGAGGUUUGAUGAACUGGUUAUAGAAGAAAGACGCUCGAGUGCCCUUGAACUAUUGAACUUCAUUGGGAGACAGUCACAUCUUUACAAGUCUCAGAUAUUUAUCAAGUUCUUAGAGGGAGGCAAGGUAGUUGAAGGGAUCUCUGGCAAGGUGUUGAAGCCAUCAAGACUGGACAUCCUGGGUGCAAACCCAGACCCUGUGAUAAAGCCAGUGCUUGAACCUCAACAAACAGACGUUAUAGUCACAGCUAAAGAUACAGAAUCCAGUUCAAGUGUGCCUGUUCUGUCAGAUAGUGAUAAUAACCAGAAAAAUGGAAAUAAGGAGCCCCUGCUGGAAGGUGUGUGGAAUUUUCCGCAGGUACCAGAUAACAUCAGUCUUAACUCGUAUGACGAGGACACAGAUGUUGAUUCAACUCUCGGAACACCACUGCCUGACUCAGAUAUGGCGUUCUUCGACCCUCUGACAGAGAAAGACAAGAGUGGACAGGGAACAAUUCGUGCCAGCAAGAGCUGGAUCAUGGAAGCCGUCAAUACUUGUAAUGAGUUGGAAACUGAUAGUCCUGCUCUGCCAGGGUCAACAGAGCUGGAGGAUUCCACUGAUACAGGGUUACAAAUGACUGGAAGUGUUGGCAACUUAACCGACUCUAUCUCCGACACUCUGACACAGUCCAGUUCUCGUACACAUUCAACCAGUACCCUAGAUGUCAGUGAGUUUGACCCUCUGACCCAGAGUACUGGAAGUGGCAGUUCAAGGGUCAUGGUUGGGAAAGGUGACCUUGACAUUUCACAGUUAACCUCUGGGUUCAACUCUGGUAGUUCUACAAGUCUGGAUUCCUCAUCCAGUAAUGUAUCUUCACCUAGACAUCAGAAACGUUCAGCUAAAAUAACUGCAUCUCCACGACAGAGAUCAGUGACAAAAGAGAGUGUAUCGACAAUGGACCUAGGUAGUAAAGAAGACUAUAUUUACCUGGCGGCCAGUCAGAUCUGUAAGGCACAAGAGUUUGAGGCCAAUGGUGACUAUGAACAAGCAUUUGCUACAUACAAGAGUUGUGUUGGUAUUCUGUUACAUGGUGUUCAAGGAGAUUCAAACAAGGGUCGUAGAGAUGCUGUACGGAGAAAGACUGCCCAGUAUUUAAUGAAGGCUGAGGAUUUAUACAACAGACAUUUGGCAAAGGAAGCUUCAGAUGAACAAAGAUGGGCUAUGGACACUGCUUUAAGCCCUUCAACAGAGGUUGAUCCCUCCCUGACCUUUGUGAGGGGACCAGCCAGUGAGUUAAAGAAAUAUAAGGUUUUAGGGACUAUAGACAAAGUUAUUCUGGUGCUGGAUAAAGACACUGAAGAAACUUACGUUAUUAAGAGAGUUUAUAAGUCUACAACAGGUAACAGAAAACUGAAAAAUAUCCUGCCGACCUCCUGUCCAUACAUGGUACAUCUGCACAGGUUUUACGAGACAUCCAGUACUAUAUAUCUGUUACUGCAGUAUGCUAGUGGCGGGAAGCUGUGGGACUACGUCGGGGCCUACCUGAGAUACGCUCAGGAGCAUGCUCGUGAAGGAGGCCCAGGUGGGGAUGAUGGGUAUCCAGCCCAGGACUUCCAGAAUGUUUAUACGGGUUUCAAAAUUCAUACGGAUGACAAUCAGAGAAAAUCGUUUACAAAAGACGUGUCUACAAAUCAUUUAGAGAAAAUGGGGAAUGGCGAUAGUAAGAAUUUAGGAGAUAAAGUUACAUUCAGUAAAGAAACUAAUGAUGUUGUUUUAGGAAAACCUGAACAAAGCACAGUAAAGGAUUUAAGUAUAGGAGAUUUCCAGAUAGAUACAGAUGGAAACAAAAAGGAAAUUCAUGAUUUAGUGCUAGAUACUGAAGGUGACAAAAAUGAAAAUAAUGAAGUUGAGGCAAAUGAUGAUACUUCAGAAAGAAGAACAGAUUAUAACAGAUUUACCAGUUUUUCAUCUGAAGAGAAUGCUGAUGAUGAAGGGGAGGGGGUAAAUUUUAGCCCUGCCCCAUUUGAGAGGCAGAAUUCACAAGGUGGUCAGUUUCAGGAUUUGUUACAAAAAAAUACGAACAAAGCAACACUAGAGAAUUUUAGUAUCAAUAGUUUUGAUAGUACUGAAGGAUUUACCAGGGUGGAUAGUAACGUGUCUGAUCAGAUAGAAGUCAUACAUGAAGUAAACGAGCUUAGCUGUGAUACUGAGGUCUUCAGUAGUGAUAAAAACACAAACGUAGAUAUGAGGAACAAAACUGAAGACAGUCGCUUAACUCCUGGUUCGCAGGAUCAGACAUGUUCUAGUCAAAACGGCAAUAGGUUGUCAGAUGUUGAUAGUGAUAAUUCCGAGGAUGUAUCAGAUGACAUUAUUCGAAAUUCGAAACAGUUAUUAAGAACAGUGGAAAGAACUUUGUCUCAGAUUGAUAGCGAAGUUUCAGAGAAAAUAGAAAACACACCUUCAGAACAGCCUAAUUCUCCACUAACAACAACCACUAGCUCAAUUACUAUAGACAGUCCUGAGGAGCCAAGUAUAUAUGACCUUCAUCGCCAUGGCGAUACAUCAGACAGUCAGUCUGAUUCAAGGUCACUGUCUGAAACAAGGUCGCGGGAAUUUGACAACAGUAGGCCUACAUCAAGUGAAAUUAAUAUAAAUUCCAAUAAUCAGUGUGAUUUGAUAGUCAAUGAUAUUCUAAAGGUGACUAAAACUGAGGAAAUAAUGUUUGACAUGAAUAGUUCAGAUACGGGUCAAAGGUCAAGAAAUGGGUCAGGCUCAAGGUCAAGGGUAGAAUCAGAUGUAACCAAAGGAAUAGGAAGAAAGUUGUCUUUGUCAAGAAUUAAUUCUUCAGAGUUGAGUAGGUCUGCAUCGAGUGAUUACGAGUCUAAAUCACCCUCUAAGUCAAGACACAGGACUAUUUCCCACUUGUUUGAACAACUGGAUAUGUCUGCACAAAGUCCGGAUCAAGUGAAAAUACCAGAAUCAUUCAUCCGGCGUUGGGCUGCUGAAAUCAUUGUAGCAUUAUCAACAUUGCAUUCUUUAGGAAUUGUAUGUAGAGAGUUGAAACCUGACAAUAUACUCCUUGGAGACCAGGGUCAUGCGACAUUGACAUACUUCUGUCAGAUAAACCAGGUCACUGACAGUAUAGACUUUGAGGCUGUACAUCACAUGUAUGUUGCACCAGAGGUGAAUACAAUUGGAGGAUACUCAGAGAGCUGUGAUUGGUGGAGUCUAGGUGUCCUACUUUAUGAACUCCUGGUUGGCAAGACAUUACUGUCUUGCCAUCCUGGAGGUAUCACAUCCCACUCUCAGCUUUACAUUCCAGACCAUCUGUCAGAGGAGGCUCGAUCUUUGUUACAACAGUUGCUGGUUUAUAACCCUAGAGAGAGACUGGGGUCUGGACUACAUGGUGUGGAGGAAAUUAAAACACAUCCAUUCUUUACUGGUAUAGACUGGAACGCUAUAGAACUGUAGCUGCCAUACAUUUAUAUUCACAUGAACAUAUUGAAUUAAGCUCAAAAGGUCUUUGGAUCAUAGUGUCUCGAGCUAGAUCCCCGGGUGAGGCGUAUAUUCUCCAAAAUAUCUUGAUCAUUUCAGCCUCAACCUCUGAAUUAGUUUAUAAUCGUUUAUUUUAGCUUGAUUGAAAGUUUCAAGCUUAUUUAAGCCACUCCUAAGUCCUGGAAAAACUAGUACAGGUGUCAUAUGAGAAGGCAUUGUUGUGACACCAGUGGGGCUUGUACCCAUAAUCCCCCCCUCCCACCCCCAUGACCCUUAAUCAUUAGACAACCACUCCCCUUGAGAAUUUGGCAGUUUUGUACUUUUGGAGAACUGAUGCAGUCAGGAGCCCUGGUUAGGAUAACUGCCAGCUGUUACAUGUAUAUAACUUAAAUCAUGUUGAAAAAUGGCACAUUUGAUCCUUGCAAAAAGAAAGUUGGCCCUUAUCAUGCUAAACAUGACUGAUUCUGCCUUUGCGACCAGUGUAGAUCCUGAUCUGCACUGUUAGCUAUUCAGUCAGUAUUUGUUGAUAAACACCCCUUUUAACAGUUAGUGGCACUGUCCAAAUUGAAAGAUUGGCAAGUUCAUUAUAGAAAUUUAGCAGGGAAACGGUUAUUUGUUCAUGUGAUUAAUGAUAGCAGUGUUUGAU